CCAGCUAGCCAGCUAGCCGAGGGAGGCAAGUAAUUCUGCCUCUCGUAAAAUUGGGUCGACAGUAAGUUGUUUCUCCGGCUAUUGAUGCAGCAAUGCACCUCGUGUUCUCCGUACAUUUUCGGGGUUGACCGCUUGCCUCCCAAACGCAGUGUUGUGGAGAAAUGGAGGCGUUAUAAAAUGACGAAAUAUACCGGCUGUACCAGCGAAGUGUAGCAGGCUAACGCUGUUAGCUGUUAGCUUCCAGAGUGCAGCCAGUGAAGCGGCUGGCUGGGCAACCAUUACUGUAGAGGCGGCUUCACACCGCCGGCUGACGAGCUCCGUGGGUCGGACCGUCGCAAUAAUAGAAGGGAAAGUCUAAUCAGUGGCCAAUGAGGAAGCCACGUCGAAAAGCCCAGGUGGCGGCAGGAGGUGAAGGAGAUGUCAAGAAGUCCAAUGGGACAGUUGUCGGGCGUGGCCGUGGCCGUGGCGGUGCCCGACAGCGAUCUCCGUCCCCUUACAGCCUCAAAACAUCUCCAAGCCGAGAAACCCUGACCUAUGCCCAGUCCCAGAAGGUGGUGGAGGUGGAACUGGAUGGUAGGCUUCACCGGAUUUCUAUUCAUGACCCCCUUGAGGUCAUUACUGAAGAUGAGAUGAUGGCUCAGGACAUUAGUGAGUGUAACAGUAACAAGGAGAACAGUGAGCAGUCAUCACCUCCCGCCAGCAGUGCCCAAACAGUUCGCAAAGCAAUAACACCCCGGGGUCGCAGAAAAGACUCCAAAUGCCCCUCUAUCAAAUCGCCUGCUCCUUCUAAGAACCACUGCUCUAAUUCCCAUCCGCAAACACCUGAAAAGCAACACACAACACACCAUCACCACAUAACGCUCCCUGAGCCUACAUUUCGUGUGCUAGAAACCUUCACAGCAGUCGAGGCAGCUCCUCUGCCCGCGGCAUAUUACCGUUACAUGGAGCGCUCAGCUGAGGAGCAGGAAGCUGAGGCCGAAUAUGAUAUGGACGAAGAGGACAUUGCCUGGCUGGAGAUGGUCAAUGCUGGCCGGACGUCAGAGAGUUACUCGGCUGUCUCACAAGACACCUUUGAGUUGCUGGUGGACCGGCUGGAGGAGGAAGCUUAUCGGGAAGCCCGCAGCCGGGCCCCCUCUCAAAGUACUGUUGACGAUGAUGCCUUCUGCUGCGUAUGCCUAGAUGAUGAGUGCCUCAACAGCAACGUCAUCCUCUUCUGUGACUCAUGCAACCUGGCUGUGCACCAGGAGUGUUAUGGAGUUCCCUAUAUCCCGGAGGGCCAGUGGCUGUGCCGCUGCUGCCUCCAGUCCCCUCAGAGACCUGUUGACUGUAUUCUGUGUCCAAACCGUGGUGGGGCCUUCAAGCAAACUAGUGAUGGCCGCUGGGCGCAUGUGGUCUGUGCCAUCUGGAUCCCUGAAGUCUGUUUUGCCAACACAGUGUUUCUGGAGCCAGUGGAAGGGGUCAGUAACAUUCCCCCAGCACGCUGGAAAUUGACCUGCUACCUGUGCAAGCAGAAGGGCCGUGGUGCAUCUAUUCAGUGCCACAAGGCCAACUGCUACACUGCAUUUCACGUCACAUGUGCUCAGCGCGCUGGCCUGUUUAUGAAGAUAGAUCCUGUGCGAGAGACUAAUGUCAACGGGACCAUGUUCUCUGUUAAGAAGACGGCAUUUUGUGAGGCACAUUCACCUCCAGGUCAAGAAACUGCAUCAGAUGAGGAGGGUGAAGGCAGAGUGGUGGGCAGCAGAGGGAGGGCUAGUAGAGGACGGAGUGCUUACACAGCGGGUCCAGCAACACCAAAAAAAGGCAGAAAGUCUGAUGAUGAUGUUAAAUCGGACAAAAAGAAAGGGAAGAAGAGCCCAGACUCAACAGCUCAACAAACUGCUUCACCACAAGUGACAGUGCAUCAGAUACCCACAAGCAGGUUGAACAUCAUCUGCAAAGGCAUCCUCUUCCAGAGGAAAAGCCAGUUCAUGCAAAGGCUGCACAGCUACUGGUUACUGAAGCGUCAGGCGAGAAACGAUGUGCCGCUGGUCCGGCGUUUGCACUCUAACAUCCCAACCCAGAGGACUAUUGAACAGCCUCCAGUGGAUGAGAAGGUAUCUGCAGCAAGAGAAGCACUGAGAUAUUGGCAGAAGCUUCGGCAUGACCUUGAGAAGGCCAGGUUGCUGGUGGAGCUCAUCCGCAAGAGGGAGAAACUCAAACGAGAACAGGUCAAAGUUCACCAGGAGGCUUUGGAGAUGCAGCUGACCCCAAUGUUGAUGCUGCUCCGCUCCACUAUGGACCAACUACAGGAGAAGGACACAGCCCAGAUCUUUGCAGAGCCAGUAGACAUCAAGGAGGUCCCGGAUUACCUGGAGUUCAUCAGCCAGCCCAUAGACUUUUCCACUAUGCGCUCGAAGCUGGACGGUCACGUCUACCACUCAGUGGCUGACCUGGAGGCCGACUUCAACCUUAUGGUGUCCAACUGUCUCCUCUACAAUUCCAAAGAGACGGUCUUCCACCGGGCAGCACUGCGUCUUCGAGAUUUGGGAGGGGCCAUACUCCGCCAUGCACAACGUCAAGCCACCAACACCGGCCUGGACCUGGACACUGGCAUGCACCUCCCACAGUCGCCACAGAAAAGAGACUUUUACAGCUGCACCUGGGAUGAUGUUGACAGUGUGCUGGAUCCGGACAACCGGCUCCAUAUGUCAGUGGAGGAACAGCUGAAGGAGCUGCUAGAGAAGCUGGACUUUGUCACCUCCAUGCGAUGCAGCGGCGCCCGAACUCGUCGCAUGCGCCUGCUUCGCCGCGAGAUCAACAACAUCCGCUACAAGCAGGGCCAGCACCCCCGCCACAGGCUUCACAACGGAUAUCUGAAAGAAGAGGACGAGGAUGAUGAUGAUGACGAUGAGGAGGAAGACGAUGACAAAGCGACCAAGGCAGAUAACGGCAUUUCGUCUUCGGACAAAGAAGACCCUAAAUCCACUUCGCCACCAACACUGGAACCUACAGGGCCAGCUCCUCCUCCACGACGGGGGGAUGCACAACUGGAGCCUCCCACACUGCGGCCAAUCACAGGGGAGCCGCUGUCCCCCAGCUGGGCUUGCAAGCGCUUAAAGAUGGACAGUGACCUCCCAGACAGCGCCACAGAGAACAUUAAUUGCACUAAAACACAGGAACGGCCAGCUUUGUCGCCUCCUGUUUUGCACAGUGAACGGCCGGUGGUGGCCAAUGGUCUGCCAGAGCCCGGCGCCCCCCCACGGCCCAUCACCGGGGGAGUGGGACGACGAACCUCUGUGUUGUUCAAGAAGGCAAAAAAUGGAGCAAAGCUUUUCAGAGACAGAGAAAAUUCUUUGCUGAAUGGAAAGGGGCUGCAGGACAACAAGGCAAGCAACAGCCCCACAACACCCACCUCUGCAGCCAGCACCCCAUGCUCCACACCUCUUUCUACUCCUUCCAAAACACCACAGAAGAGCCCAGGACCCCCCGCCCUGAAUGAACCGUGGACCCCAAGGCGAGACGUGAACACAGAUAGUGAGCUGGAGAGAACACCGAAUCAUACACUGGAAAGUGGACUCACCAACGGCUUCAACAAGCACAAAGACGGUGGCUCUGACUUUGAGUACAGCCCCUGCCCUGUCCUCAAAAAAGAAAUCAGCUCGCCGCCCAAACGAAGCCUCGGGAAACCAGCGCUUUCCAAAGUUCCCUACUGGGAGAUACUCAAUGGAGACUCUGAUUACACCGGGAACGUCAGCCAAAAAUCAGAGGAAGCGGCAGAGCUGGAGCCUCUAGAUCUGGUUUGGGCAAAGUGUCGUGGAUAUCCCUCCUAUCCUGCUCUGAUCAUUGACCCAGAGAUGCCUGAGGAGGGCCUGCUGCACAACGGGGUACCCAUCCCCAUCCCACCCAAAGAGGUCCUACACCUGGGGGAGCAGAGACAGGAGGAGGCCGACGAGAGGCUCUUCCUGGUGCUUUUCUUUGACAACAAGCGAACAUGGCAGUGGCUCCCUCGUGAAAAGGUGACACCCUUGGGUGUAGACGACACAGGGGACAAGCUGCGUAUAAUGGAGGGCCGCAAGGCCAGCAUCCGCAAGUCUGUCCAGGUGGCGUACGACCGGGCUUUGAUCCACCAGAGCAGAGUCAGCCACAGCCAAGGCUUCGUGGCCUCCAACUUCCUGUAGAGGGCGACAGUGAGCCCCCCCACCAUCAGCCACUAUGCAUCCAUCGUUGGUCUUGAAGCAGGGGCUGGGGCGAGUCCCACUGCGGGUUGAAUUUAUAUUCACAAUGCUCUGAAGAGGUUGCCAUGGCAGCACAGAAUCCCGACUGUAGUAGAUUACCAAACCACUAGUGUGAGACACGGAGUGGUCGUGUUUGCCUUGUGUUGAGGAUGUGGAGCUCCAGAUGAUGAUGAUAAUGAAGUCACCUUCAAGUCCAAGCCUCUGAGUGUGUGGAGGUUUCUUCUCUGUCCACUUCUGUGUGAUGAGACUCUGUGUCUGGAUCUAAUGUAAAAGAAGAUCCCUCUAUUUUGUUAAAUGCUACUGCCAAGGAAUCAAAUUGUCAGAAAAGAGAUUUGACAUAUUUAUAUGAACCACAGAAGACAAAUGAAUGGAUCACUGCCAUCUUUUAUAGAAUAGCUUUUUACAUUUUAAACUUUUACAAAGACACUUGUAUAUUAUAAAGGCACACUUUGUGUACAUAUGUAUGUGUUUUAUCAAAACUCAAUUUUAAUUUAAACGUUGCCGUUUUUAAAAUUGCGUAUUUCAAUCAACCCACGAGGGGCAAAGUGAGGCUGUGUAUAUUUGUCGAGGUAAAAUAAUUCCUGACUUGCUGCAGUGUACUUAGGUUGUUUAAUGUAAUGUGAUUUUGUUGUGUGGAUGUGUGCGUGUCGGUGUGUGUCCGUGUGCGUGCGUGUAUGUACAUUGAGAGCAUACAACAAAAUGAACUGUUCUUUAUAUUUGAAUUCUCUUUUUUAAUACUGAGAGAAACUAUUUAUUUAUGGAAGACAGAACUAUAGAAAUAAAGCUAUAUUGGUUAAAAGUUUAGAAUUAAAUUUUAUUUAAAACAAAUGGAGUGAGGUUUUAAAAAAUAAAACAUACAGCAAACAUUUGAACAGAUUGAAUCAUGUUUGGUUGAUGGUUUGACUCAAUCGCCAUCAUUCACUCACCACCACCCCCCAGAAGUGUCUAUUUAUUGAUGAGAGCCCCAUUUUGUCAAAUGGACAAAUACACCUUUAUAAGCUUGUAAUACCUGCAUAUUUUACCUGCUCACCAAAUAUUUUGUCUGAACCGGUCUUUCCUCCUUUUGGAAAAUAGAUGCUGAAUUAAAAACAUUUUGUGAUACUUUAA